UGAUAUUCACUCUGUCUGGACCUCUUUCCCUCUUUCCCUCCUUUCCAAUGAUAAUAAAUAAAUAAAUAAAUACAUACAUAAAUAUUUACAUUGCGACGACAACUUGCCUUAUUUACUUCACCCGCGAUACCGAGUAGGUACACAACGCAACCCAUCCACGAAAUCAACGCCAUUACUGUACCUACCCUUCCACCCUUUUACCCUUCUACCCUUCAAUCAAAACUUCCGAAUGUCGCGUGUAAUCAUUGUACAGCAUUAUAUUUGAACCCUCAACGACCUCACGCGCAUCCAAUCGCUUUCUCGAGAAAGUUUCACUCAUCACAAAAGAUCAAGAUUCAAUUCAAUCUCAAAAAUAAACGGCAGGAUUUGACGACUUUACUUUCUCACAAGGCUAUUAGGCCCGAGGAGAAGAAUCACAUUCAACGAUUCCAAAUGACGAUAGGAGAUUUCAAAACACGAUUGAGAGCGAAAUUUCAACGACGACAUUCACAUGCUUCCUCGGUAGGGUCCGCGAAUAAUGAUGAGGAAAAGAAUCCUUCUCGAGAGGGAGAAGAAGACAAGAAUCAACAAUCGAUAACUCGAACUUUGCGAGAAAGGGCGAGUUUCAGAUUGCAUCGAACAUCGAUAUAUGGAGGGUCAACAAAUGGGUCGUCAAGGAAUGGUACGGGUACGGGUUCUGGUAAUCGGAAUAGUAUGGUUGAAAGUCGUAAUCAAAGUCCAAAAGAAACAUCAAGGUUUGAAGAGGUAAUUCAGGUUGAAGUUCAUGAUAAUGAUAAUAUCAGUAUCGAAGGAGGCGGAGGGGACGGAGGGGAAAGAGGAAGAGGAGGAGGAGGAAGAGAAGGCCACCAACAGGGAGAUGGAAUUGGCGCCGAACUAAGGUUAAACUUUCGAAAUAGUAUGAGUAGCGAUCUGCAACAACAACUUCAUCAACAUUCACAGACAACCUCUCCAUCAACACCAAAUUUCAAACAACAACCUUUCGCCAAUUCAAAAUUAAUUAUCGAAGAAGAGAAUAAUAAGCACGAUAGUUUUUCCACGUCAACAGAUUUUCCAACUCCGAAUACAGAUAUACCGCGGGUGUUGGAAGAAGACGAAGAGGAGGAAGCAGAAGCAAAGGAUGAAAUUCAGGACGAGCCGCAUCCAGAACCUACAGACGUGAAAUUUGGCAAUUCGAUACCGCAAAGCCCUAUCAGUUCCAACAACACUACUCAUCAACCUACACCUCGGAAACCCGAAUUAUCUAGACGACAAAGUUUACUUCCCCAUCAACAAACAAAAUUAAUCAAGACAUUAUUGGAAACAGAAUUGCCAGCACAACCUCGAGUCAGCAGCAUACCAACGGGAGGAAUUCUUGGUGCUGAUUAUUUUUCCAAUCACGGAGCUUUAACGAUAAGCGCAGCGAUGGUUACUCGAAAGAUAUGGGUUAAAAGGCCCGGUGCUUCUGCGACAUUAGUUACAAUACAUGAGGAUGAUUUGGUCGAUGAUGUGCGAGAUAUGAUUUUGAAGAAAUAUGCGAAUUCGCUGGGAAGAAGUUUUGAUGCGCCGGAUGUUACAUUAAGGAUUAUACCCAGAGAGCAGCAGAGGCAGGAAAGGAUUUUAGGACCAGAAGAGCCGAUGAGUCGAACACUCGACGCAUAUUUUCCCGGUGGUCAAACAGUGGAUGAAGCGUUAGUAAUUGAUGUACCCGUUAGAAGAACACCCAAACCGUCUCCUAGGCCCAAUGGACAUCCGGUAUAUUAUGAAGAAGGACGGCCUACCGAAGCUGGAUCUGAUUACUUCCCACCUAUGCCAUUACCGGUUCCUUCUCCAGGCUUAUCGCAUAGUGUCCCGGUCCCUAAUGGAAACCAGAAUACGGCUCCCUUGAUAGCACACGCUAUGUCCGUACUUACAACUGGUCAUGUACCGGCCUUACCUUCUCCAUCGGCUCAGAGAAGACAUCAUAGCUCGAGACCAAGGAUAGGACGAACUCAUACUUCUUCUCCUACAGUCAUCAGUGGACACAGUCAACCCCCUGUUACAAAUAAUGGUACGCAAUUUCAACGUGGCCCAAGAUCAAGAACUCACUCAAGUGCCUCAGAAAAAUCCGCAAUUCCCCCUCCCCCACCACUUCCAACACCACCUCCUCCAAACCAGGAACUCGCACCACAACGAGUCGCUACACCUCCUCCCAGGGUAUCGUCCCCCCGGCCACAGAAGAGAACUAGAAAGAAAGCUGGUGUCGAUCAUCCUUCUUUACCAGCAGGCAUGCUCAAUGGUGCAGUCCCCCCAAUCAAUGUCCUCAUCGUUGAAGAUAACAUUAUCAAUUUGAAACUUCUGGAAGCCUUCAUGAAACGUCUCAAAGUCCGCUGGCAAACUGCAAUGAAUGGUCGCGAAGCCGUGAAUAAGUGGAGAGGCGGUGGUUUCCAUUUAGUACUAAUGGAUAUCCAACUUCCCAUCAUGUCCGGACUCGAGGCCACAAAGGAGAUCCGCAGACUGGAGAGACUCAAUAGUAUUGGAGUUUUUAGCAGUAGUGCAAGUAGUAGUGCACCUAGCGAAAAAAUGUUGGCGGAAGAGGAACCAGAGGAAGGUGAUAAAUUGCCAGAUACAGUACUAUUUAAGAGUCCGGUCAUCAUUGUAGCUUUGACGGCUAGUUCGUUGCAGAGCGAUAGACACGAGGCUUUGGCGGCGGGUUGUAAUGAUUUCUUGACAAAGCCCGUUAACUUCGUCUGGCUCGAACGUAAAGUUAUGGAAUGGGGAUGUAUGCAAGCAUUGAUCGAUUUCGAUGGUUGGCGCAAAUGGAAAGAUUUUAGUUCACAACAAGCAGCGGAAAAAGAGUCUGCUGAUGCGAAGAAAAAGGAUGCUCAAAGCGUUGUGAAGGCGAAGAAGAAGAACAGAAAUUCAAUGGGUAGUUUGGGAGGAUUAGGGGGUCAGGGGGGAAGUAGUUCGAAAUUGAGUUUGUUGGGUCAGGGAGGUGGAAGAGUAGAAGGGGAAGCUGUUGUUGGGUGA